AACCCUGAAGUCUACCAGAUAUGUGCGUUCCCACAACGCAGAAGACCCUCUUCCUCCCAGCAGUUCAGGGCGCCUUGACAGUCCAGCUGAACGACGUCCCCAAACCCGGCCCAGACGACCUUUUGAUCAAGAUCGAGGCAGCGGCCCUCAAUCCCGUCGACUGGAAGAUAGCUGAGACUGGUCUCUUCCUGGACAAAUACCCCGCCGUCCUCGGUAUAGACGGCGCCGGGACCGUUGUUGCCGUUGGCACGAACGUCACCGACUUCAAGAUCGGGGACCGAGUCGCCGCGCAAGGUAGUCUGACUCCGCCGACAGGCACUUAUCAGCAGUACUUCACGGCCCUUGCGUCUGUUACCAUUAAGCUCCCGGAUAGCGUCUCCUUCGACGAGGGCGCCACGAUCUCCAUCUGUGCGGCCACUGCCGGGAUCGGCCUGUACAAGAAGGACAAUAGCGGCGACAGCGCCGGGCUCACUGCUCCUUGGGAGGAGGGCGGGCAGAGCGUAUACGCCGGCAAGCCCGCCGUCGUCCUCGGCGGGUCUUCGUCCGUUGGUCAAUACGCCCUGCAGUUCUUGAAGCUCUCUGGAUUCUCGCCCAUCAUCACGACUGCGUCCCCGCGCAACGCCGACCUUGUGAAGGGCCUCGGCGCGACCCACGUUCUCGACCGCUCGCUCCCCGCAGAGACACUCCAGGCCGAGAUCGUCAAGCUCGCAGGCGGCCCUGUUGAGGUCGUCUAUGACGCCAUUUCGACGAAGGAGAACCAGGACCUGGCGUAUGAUGUCGUUGGCCCGCACGGAUCCCUCGUACUCGUCUUACAUGAGGUGAUCGACGCGGCGAAGAAGGCGGGCGACAAGAAGCCCACGAUUGUAUUCGCAAGGGGCGGGCUCGCGUACCCCCAGAAUAUCCACUUCAGCGUCGGGUUUGUGAAGGAGCUGUCCAAGCUUCUGGAGGCUGGUUCGUUCGAGCCAAAUGUCUUCGAAGUGUUGCCCGGUGGCCUCAAUGCGGUCGCCGGGGGGCUGGAGAGGCUGAAGGCGGGCACAGUAAGCGCGAGGAAGCUGGUUGUACACCCGCAGGAGACGGUGUAAGGCUACAACGGCUUGUGCGAGCAUAACCUAGUAUGAGACAAGUUCUCGCACGCGACGUACUGAAACGAUCUGGCACAAGGUGCUCAGUGUUUAUCAGAGAAACACCCGCACGGCAUGUAGUGAAACC